UCAUGCUGCUGCCAAGUCUAGAGUCUCUCAUGGGUCCCUGUACGGCCUCCCAUUGCUGCUGUCUCCAUCGCCACACUCUGCCAUGUGCCACUUUCAGGUCUCUUCACACUGCUGGUGUGUUAAAUUUUUUGACAUAGGGUGCAGGCAGAUUACGGGCCUCACAUAGCUGCUGCCAGGCCCCUAAUCUGCCAUGGGCCCCUAUAUACCGCCUCCUCAUGCUGCUGCCAAGUCCAGAGUCUGUCAUGGGUCCCUGUAUGGCCUCCCAUUGCUGCUGUCUCCAUCGCCACACUCUGCUGCCAUGUGCCACUUUCAGGUCUCUUCACACUGCUGGUGUGUUAAAUUUUUUGAC